CCACUUCUCUCCUGUUUCUCUCUCUUUAUCUGGUUUGAGCUCAGCACCAUUAUUGUUUGUUAAGCUUCUUCAAACACUUGCCACAGCUCUAUCUCUGUUCAACUAUGGCUGCUUUAGCUUUUGCAGCUCUGCUUCUCUUGGCCAUGGCUGGCCAGUCAAGUGCCAAUUGGUGUGUGUGCAAGACUGGAAGUGAUGCAGUAUUGCAGAAGACAUUGGACUAUGCCUGUGGAGCUGGGGCCGACUGUAACCCCAUACACUCAAACGGCCCUUGCUACAACCCCAACACUGUUAAAGCUCACUGUGACUAUGCUGUUAACAGCUAUUUCCAGAAGAAGGGCCAAGCUGCAGGCACCUGUGACUUUGCCGGCACCGCAACCCCUGUUACAACCGAUCCCAGCGUUACUGGUUGUGCUUUCCCAUCUAGCGCCAGCACUUCCGGCAGUACAACUGGUACUCCAACCACUGGCACUACGACCCCAUCCACUGGUACAACACCCACAUCUACCGGCACUACACCAACAACCACCGGAACAACCACUGGAACAACCACCGGAACAACCACUGGAACAACCACCGGUGCCACUCCAUAUACUGCAACUCCUGGAGUAUUCGGAGUAGGACCAUCUGGAGCUGGCAUCACGGAUGACAGUGCUGGGAUUAGACUCAUCGACACUGCUAGUUUGUUCUCUUCUUUCAUAACCUUAUUCUUUUCAGGCUUGAUGCUUUGGUGGGGUUGAUAUGAAAACUUGAGAGGUGGGGUAGGGCAAGUUAUCCUGGAUGAUGCUAUAUUUCAGUAUGCAGUCGUAUAUGCAUGUGAUGCUGCUGUUGAUUAUAGGUGAUCAUUUAGGGACAGCCUUGCUAAGUUUUUGUUUUCUAUCUCCAUCCUACUAAGAUCUACGGGCAAGAGUGGAGGGGCUUUUGAUUCCUUUUGGAAUUCGGAUGGUGUUGCUAGCGGGACUACGGAAGCAUAUCUUUCUGUCUUCAACUAUUUUCAGUUUUUGUAAAUUAGAUCUAAUCUGAGUGUACUACUAGCUAGUGUAUUAAUUUGAUGAGGUAUUUGGCACUCAUUAUUAAGGUUAUUUCGCUCUUAAUUAUUUUGAUUUUGUUUCUUGUGUUGGGUUCCUUGUGAUUAUUGUGCAUCA